AUGAAAUACUAAAGAGGAUUAGAAUAUUUCAUGAAAGGAAAAUACAGGAUUUCUCAUGAAUUUUUUUUAAGAAGUUUAGAAAAUAUUAAAAAAUAAUAAUAAGUUGAUAAUUAGGAUUAUGUAUUAGUCUUAAAAAAUUUAGUUUAUAAAGAAUAUAACAACUUAUUUGUCUAUUGUUUAAAAUAUAAUUUAAAUAAAGCUAUAUUGUUAGGAAAAGCUCUUCUAAGUGAAAAUGAAAGAAAAAAAAUUCCUCCUUAAUAUUAAAAUUUAUUUACUUUUAAUUUAGGAACUGCUUAUUUGUUAAAAGGCAAUUUCGUGGAUUCGAAACAAAGAUUAAGGGAAUGCAUUACAUCUAAUCCUAAUAUUUUAUUAAAAGGACAAGCUUUAAAUAAUUUAGCUGUUGCUUCUUGGUGGCAUAAAAAUCCUAAUUAUUAAGAUAGUGAAAUAAAAGAUGAAAAUGGUCCUUAUCCAUCUUUAAAAUAGCAAUUAGAAAAAAAAAUGGAGAUUAAUUAUAUUGCUUAAUUAAGACUAGAUUGUUCCUUAAGAUUUUUAGAAAAUACAACAUAAUAAUCAUAAUAUAUUAAGUAAAAAUAAUCAGGAACUCCAUUAUUUAACAUAUAUGAGUUUUUAAUUUUUAAUAAACCUCAAUUAGUUUAAGAGUCAUAAUUUUGGUUUAAGUAAAGCCUUAAAUUUUAUGAAUCAGUUGAUCCAUACAACAUGGCUAAAUGCGUUUUGAUGCUUGGAAUAUUUCUUAGUAAAUCAAAAGAG